AUGGAUAAAAUACUUUACUGUAUAUUUUUAACAGGGUUAUGGCUUGUCCCAGCCACGCUUCAGUCAACACGCCCUACCCAUAACGAUAACGUCACGAAAUCAGACAAGAAUCUGACUGUAACAUCAAAUCACACCUUUCCUUAUACAAUCAUUGAUGGGGAGGUAUCCACUUUAUAUUUUAAUUAUAUUCUUGAACCAGAUAGCAAGGUGCCUGCUGGACUUGACGGAUGGGUUGUCACAGCAGUCGUUGACCACGAUAAAUUGGUCAACAUUGUAAGCAACAGUGUUUUUCAUAUCCACACGACCAACCUCUCAGGUACAUUGUCCAUUUCACUAAAGGGAAAGUUACCAGGAAGAGCCACACUUAUUUUCCAAGGCAGGGAUGAGGUAACGGGGGCAGAAGAUGGAGUUUUCAAGUCUGAUGUGAAGGUAUACAGUCAGACAUCGUUUGAACUGCAUAUAGAGAGGCAGGAGAAAACUAUCGACAUAGCUUUCAAUGUGAUCAUUGUCAUUUUGGUCGUAUUGGCAAAUGUUGGGAUGGGAGCCAAGGUUGAUUUAUCCGUUGUCAAGACACAGCUGAGACGUCCGUUUGCUCCAAUCAUUGGCUUAUUCUCUCAGUUUGUAUUUAUGCCCGUGAUUGCGUUUAUGGUGGCCUACACCCUGAAGCUAGAUCCAGGGAUUGCUCUGGGUUUGUUUGCUCUGGGUUGUUCCCCCGGAGGCUCGGCCAGUAAUGCAUACACUUAUUUACUGGACGGAAACGUCAGCUUGAGUGUUACCAUGACGCUUAUCAGCACUCUGGCAUCUUUAGGUCUCCUACCCAUGUGGCUGUUCACCCUCGGACGCGUGGUUUACAGUGAAGCCAAAGUGAAAAUUCCGUUUGAGAACAUUUUCUUCUCUCUUCUAGGAAUUGUCAUACCAGUUGUUGUCGGCUUCAUUCUGCAGAGAAAGUACCCAAAAGCAGCUAUCUGCUUUAUAAAAGCUGUCAAAUAUAUCAUGAUAGUGUUUAUUCUCUUUAUCUUGACUGUGGGAGUGUACGCCAACUUGUACAUCUUCUCCCUAAUGACCGGUGAAGUUCUGCUGGCUUCGGCUCUGCUUCCGUAUGUGGGUUUCAUUCUUGGAGGAUUAGCUGCUUUUAUUUGCCGACAGAACCUCGCCAAUAUUAUCACCAUCGCUGUGGAAACAGGAAUUCAGAACACCGGAAUUCCCAUUGUAUUACUUCGUCUGUCAUUAACUGGACCAGAUAAAGACACGAGCAUCGUGUCGCCGAUAGCCUCUGCCAUUUUCACACCAAUUCCUCUGCUGUUUGGAAUUCUGUUUGUGCAGCUGCGGAAAUGUAUCCUGGCAAAUAUGAAUAUCAUCGAAGACUCAGGAAAGGAGAUCUCACAAUCUGGCAAAGAAUCAAGUAAGGCAUCACUGAAAGAACCAGAUAAUCUGUCUGAGACCAACCAUGAAGAUUUCAAAUAA